AUGACUUCAUGGGCGGACGCUGUUGAGACUGGAUCUUCUGAUAACACUGGCACUAGCGGUGGGAACAAAGGCGCAUCCGCUCCCACCAAGCCAACCUAUGUUCCACCUCAUCUUCGGAACAGGCCUCCAGCCUCGGAACCUCCUGCUUCAUCACUUAGUGGCCCACCAUCUGGUAAUGAUAGGUUAAAGUACGGCAUACCCACAAGUGGGUCUCGAUGGAGUGGUCCAAGGUCUGAACAUGGACGUCCUGGACAUGUUGGAGGCCAUAGAAGUGGCGGCUGGGGUGGCAGAAGUGGCUGGGGAGGCAGGGAACGGGAGGUGAAUCCUUUUGGUGAUGACGAUGUGGAUGCUGAUGCAGAGAGUGCAUUUGAGGAGCAGGAGAAUUCAGAUUUAGGUGAAGCGCUGAAUUUGAAUAUUCGGAGGUGUAAGUAUGUCAAACCAACUCCUGUUCAGCGAUACGCAAUACCCAUUUCUCUAGCAGGAAGAGACUUGAUGGCUUGCGCCCAGACGGGAUCUGGUAAGACUGCCGCCUUUUGCUUCCCUAUUAUUAGUGGAAUUAUGCGAGGCCAUUUUCCACAAAGACCACGUGGAGUGCGGACUGUUUUUCCACUUGCUCUUAUUCUUUCACCAACAAGAGAACUCUCAAUGCAGAUACAUGAUGAAGCUAGAAAGUUUUCUUAUCAAACCGGUGUCAGAGCGGUUGUGGCUUAUGGAGGGGCACCAAUAAAUCAGCAGCUGCGUGAACUCGAGAGAGGAGUUGAUAUUCUGGUGGCAACUCCUGGAAGAUUGGUUGAUUUGCUUGAGAGAGCCAAAGUUUCAUUACAAAUGAUUAGAUAUUUGGCUCUUGAUGAAGCAGAUCGAAUGCUGGAUAUGGGUUUUGAGCCUCAAAUCAGAAAGAUAGUGGAACAAAUGGAUAUGCCUCUUUGUGGCGAAAGACAGACAAUGCUGUUUAGUGCCACCUUUCCAAAAGAGAUACAGAGAUUGGCAUCUGAUUUUCUUUCCAAUUACAUAUUUUUGACUGUUGGACGGGUUGGUUCAAGUACGGACUUAAUCGUUCAAAGAGUUGAAUUUGUUCACGAGAAUGACAAGAGAAGCUAUUUGAUGGAUCUUCUUCAUGCACAGAGGGCUGACGGAAUCAAUGGAAAGCAAGCUCUUACUUUAGUGUUUGUGGAAACGAAGAAAGGAGCUGAUUCAUUGGAACAUUGGUUGUGUGUUAAUGGUUUUCCUGCUACAACAAUUCACGGUGAUCGAACACAACAAGAAAGAGAACAAGCAUUGAGAUCGUUUAAGAGUGGAAACACGCCGAUUUUGGUAGCGACAGAUGUAGCAGCUCGUGGUGUUCGAAGCUUGCCAUUGAAAGCAAUUGCAGCUUCUUUUGCCAGCUCACUUUCCGUUGUUUCUUCUCCUGGUAGCACCACAGUUACUUCCUGA